GAUCUUGGCUCUGUGGGUUAGGCUGAUCUCCAGUUUGAUAGGCUCCCAUCUCCGCUACGUUCCAGGACUGCAGUCAUGUGCAUGAUGCUAUUCUUUGGGGUGGAUCUGAACGUGCCUACGUGCCUGUUUUGUGUUUCCUAGUGCCCCUUUCUCAAAUCUUUUUGAGAUCUCUGUAGUUUGUACAGGACACCAUACCAUUGCACCAGAUAGUGGUUCUACCACAAAAUACUGAAAAAUGAAUCUCAGUAUGAAGCAGAAACAGGAAGAAGCCCAAGAGAAUGUGAAGAACAGUCCUGUCCCAAGGAGAACGCUGAAGAUGAUCCAGCCUUCUGCAGCUGGAUCUCUUGUUGGCAGAGAAAAUGAGUUGCCAAAAGGUUUGUCCAAAAGGAAGCUUUGGGAUGACCAGUUAACACCUAAGACUUCAAGCAGUGGCGCAGAAGCUAAUGAAAAUGAUGUUGGAGACCUUACCCAGGAAGCAUUUGAUCUUAUGAUUAAAGAAAACCCAUCCUCUCAGUAUUGGAAAGAAGUGGCAGAACAACGGAGGAAAGCUCUCUAUGAAGCACUUAAAGAGAAUGAGAAACUUCAUAAAGAAAUUGAACAAAAGGACAGUGAAAUUGCCCGCCUGAAAAAGGAGAAUAAAGACUUGGCAGAAGUAGCUGAACACGUACAGUACAUGGCAGAGGUAAUCGAGAGGCUGAGCAAUGAACCUCUGGAUAACUUUGAAUCACCGGACAGUCAGGAAUUUGAUUCUGAAGAAGAAACUGUUGAGUAUUCAGAACUGGAAGACUCAGGAACUGGGACGUGUGCCGAGGAGACCGUGUCUUCCUCCACGGAUGCCAAGCCAUGUACAUGAGGUGUGAGGCGCACUGCCAGUGUUGCCCUUUGGUAUAGUGCUUGGUAAAUUAACUACAUGAUGCAAGUGCUUGAAUCCAGGUUUGAAUCCUGGGGCUAUUACUAUGUUAAAAUACAGGUAUUUUUAACCUGUUUUUAUGUAAAUAGCAUUUUCAUUUUUGUAAGUGUCAGAUGUGAAUUGUGUAUAUUAAAUAAACUUCAAUUUCCUGUUGAACAUUGUA